AUGGCCGUAAUUCGGAGUCACGUCACUGGCGAACAGCUCAGCAGUGGCUUCAGCUACGGUCUUCCUCUGGGUGGUUUCAAGGAGUCUCAGCAACCCAGUGAACUGCCGGACGAAGAAAACAAGCAGGGUAAAAGGAAAUUCAAACCACCGCCGAAUAUCACAAAAGCCGACGCAAAAGAUCCGCAAUAUGAGACGCUACGUGGAAUCGGUAACGAGUUGUUUGCUGGCGAUAAAGACAAAGAGAAAAAUGAAGAAGUGAAAGAAGUGAAGAAAGAGGGACCUUCAGCAGAAGGACAGCAGGCACAAGCCCAGGCUGCAAAAAAGUUCAAACAGCCACCCAAGGUACAAAAAGUUGACGCAAAAGAUCCGCAAUAUGAAACACUGGCUGAUGUUAAAGACGACAUUUUUAAGGGAUAG